ACGAUGCUGAGCUCGGGUCUUCCCCCCCUUUUCCUGGUGCUCACAGUGCUGGAGCUGAGCUGGUCCCUGAGUGAUGAGGAAAAGAAGAUAAUCCUGGAUGAGCACAACAGGUACCGCUCCCAGGUCUCUCCUCCUGCCAGGGCUAUGAUGAAGAUGACCUGGGACGCGAAGCUGGAGGCUGAUGCUCAAUCCUAUGCAGAGAAGUGCAUCUGGGAGCACAACGAGGAGAGGGGCCGACACGGGAAAAACCUCUUUGCUAUGGCCCCAAGCACGGACCUCAAACAUGCUGUGGCAGAAUGGAAUGGGGAGAGGAAAUUCUACAGCUUGUUAACAUUCGAAUGUCUCCCUGGGAAGAUGUGUGGCAACUACAAACAGGUGGUCUGGGCAGGGACAGAACGCAUCGGCUGCGGGGCAAAGCUCUGUGAGAAGAUCGAAGGGAUGGAAACAGAGCACAGGCACCUGCUUGUUUGCAAGUAUUCUCCCCCGUAA